ACACCACGGGGAGCUGAAGCAGGCGGCGGAGAGGCUGGGCUCCGCCUGGGCUCUGGGCUCCGCCUGGGCUCAGCAGACUGUGAGGAUAGAGGCACGGCAGAGGGGAGCGGAGGCCACGGCGUGGGUCAGGCCACCCUCCCCAUGGCCUCCAAGCAGGCUGCGGCGCAGGGCAGGGGGGAGAAGCGCAAGCGGGUGGUGCUGACGCUGAGGGAGAAGAUCGACAUCUGCACUCGGCUGGAGCGUGGCGAGAGCCGGAAGGCGCUGAUGCAGGAGUACAACGUGGGCAUGUCCACCCUGUAUGACAUCAAGGCCCACAAGGCCCAGCUGCUCCGGUUCUUUGCCAACUCCGACUCCAACCAGGCUCUGGAGCAGCGGCGCACCCUGCACACGCCCAAGCUGGAGCACCUGGACCGGGUGCUGUACGAGUGGUUUUUGGUGAAACGUGCUGAGGGCGUGCCAGUGUCCGGCCCCAUGCUCAUCGAGAAGGCCAAGGACUUGUACGAGCAGAUGCAGCUGGCCGAGCCCUGUGUGUUCUCCGGAGGGUGGCUCUGGCGCUUUAAGGCCAGGCAUGGCAUUAGGAAGUUGGAUGCAUCCAGUGAGAAGCAGGGCACUGACCACCAGGCGGCUGAGCAGUUCUGCGGUUUCUUCAGGAGCUUGGCCGCGGAGCACAGGCUGUCCCCAGAGCAGGUUUACAACGCCGACGAGACAGGCCUUUUCUGGAGGUGUUUGCCCAGCCCCGGCACAGAUGGCGGGACGGUGCCCAGCCUCAAGCCGGGCAAGGACCGGCUGACCGUCCUGUUGUGUGCCAAUGCCACCGGCUCGCACAGAAUCAAGCCCUUGGCCAUCGGGAAGGGGGGUGGUCCUAGAGCCUUCAGGGGCAUCCAACACCUGCCCGUGGCCCACGGGGCCCAGGCCAGUGCCUGGGUGGACCAGGAGAUCUUCUCUGACUGGUUCCACCACGUCUUCGUGCCGUCCGUGAGAGAGCACUUCCGGACCAUAGGGCUGCCCGCAGGCAGCAAGGCCGUCCUCCUGCUGGACAGCUCCCGGGCCCACCCAGCUGAGUCGGAGCUGGUGUCCGACAACAUCUUCACCAUCUUCCUGCCCGCCGGCGUGGCCUCCCUGCUGCAGCCCAUGGAGCAGGGCAUCCGGAGGGACUUCAUGCGGCACUUCGUGAGCCUGCCCGUCACCCUGCACGGCUUCCACGCCCGCCACAGCGCCAACGACACCAUCUUCAGCGUGGCCUGCGCCUGGGAGGCCGUGCCCAGCCAGGUCUUCAGACAGGCCUGGAGGAAGCUGUGGCCGGCGGUCGCGCUGGCCACAGGCUCCUCGGAAGAGGUGGUGGGGAUGGUGACAGAGUGCCACAAUGCCAAGCCUCACUACAAGGCCUUUGCCCACAUCCUUGGGCUGAAGGCAGGCCCGCCCUGCCCAGGCAGCAGGCCUCAGGACAGCGAGGCCUGGGGGCGGGGCGCCCGGAGGGAGGCCGUGUCCGAGGCCACUGGGCCCGGGGAGCAGGCCGAGAGGGACAGCGGGGAGGACGAGGCCGCCUGGGAGCAGGCAGCUGCCUCCUUUGAGGCCGUGCUGUGCUUUGCAGAGCAGCAGCCGUGCUUCACUGAGCAGGAGACGGAGCAGCUGCGGGUGCUGCACUCAGCCUUUUGCCAGCGGCGGCAGCUGAGGCGGCAGCAGGCCGCUCUCCAGGCCGGGGUCAAGCCCGAGGCCUUCCAGGAGCGCCCUGGCGCUGACACACCCACAACCCACUCGCCCUUGCCCUGCUCGUCCGCAGCCGGUGACAAUGGAGGCUGUCCCCGCACCCACCUGGCCGCGGUCCCCGCGACUCUGUGAUUGUAGAGGGCGCGGUUGUGGGGCUCCUAGAAUUGUCACACCCAAGUGUUCUAGCCAGUGUAGCUUUUGCUGUGUUACCUGCCCCCUGCUGGUGGGAGGUUGGCACGUUCAGAUGGCCUUGGCCUGCAGAGGUGGGGCCUCUGGGAAGCAGGUGCUUCCCGCGGGUGGCGGCUCGCUGGGCUUCCGCAUGGCAGCGGAGGCAGCGCUUCCCAUUCCUGGGUUUGCCAGCUUCUCACUGGGGACCUGGGGCCAGCCCCGUGUUGCUUCUUUGGGACCCGGGGCCCAUGGCAUAUGGCUGUCAUCCCACUUCUGCGUCUGUGCUUCCUGCCAGUUCCCGAUCACUAAGGAGACUGCUCACUUGCGGGCGCACGGUACUGCUGGAUGCGGGGAAUCGGGGCUUCCAGGUGCAGCUUCCUUGAUCUUCUAAGACUGCUCUGAGGAUCCCAGUCCUGGCGCCUGGCAGAGGCUAGGCAGUAAGUCCCAGUCUGCACUGCCGGCCCCGUGCAGGCUCUUCAGAGCGGGAAGACCACUGUGGCCAGCAUCUGGCUGGAGAAGGGUGACCCUGCCCAGGAGGGCCUGGCGUGGACGAGCAGACGUGCCUGCCAUGUUUUCAAAGACGCGCUCUUCCCAGGCAGCAGCCCAGCCCUUCCACCAGGAUGCUUGGGAUGCUUCUGCCUUGCCACAGGCCCAAGAGCCGUGAAGCCAGCCGAAUAUGGACUGAAA